AGAAUGAGUGAUGCUCAUUGUCGGCUGGUUGGGACUGAGCUAAGACCCAUUCGGAUUUACAGCUUAUCAAUGGCUAGAUUCUUAAAGACAUCACCACAUUAGAGAGAGAGAUAAGAUUAUAGUGACAGAGUACAAUCGAUUAAGGGGAAAAUGAAAGCAAAUGGGCAUUCUGGGUGUUGGUUUCUUCACAAACACACAGACAUUCUUGCUAAGAUUGUCAUCUCCAUCCUCUUAAUCGGUGUGGGUUUCAGGGUUUUCUCUCCAAGAUUAAACCCUUCACCAUCUAUUGCAGAAAAAGAAACGCCUUUUCUUCAAGAAGAAGAAGAAGAAUCAAUAGCGGUUACUUUUGAUCCACCUGCAAACCCAGAUCAGAUCUCUAUUAUUGAAGAAACAAAGAAGUGUGAUCUGUUUAAUGGUGAUUGGAUCCCGAACAUUGCUGGUCCUGCUUAUACAAAUGAAAGUUGUAGCUUAAUUGAAAACCAUCAGAAUUGUAUGAUGAAUGGGAGACCUGAUACUGGUUAUCUUUAUUGGAAAUGGAAGCCUCGAGAUUGCAAUUUGCUUGCUUUUAAUGGAAAGAGAUUUUUGAAGAUGAUGAGGAAUAAAUCUUGGGCGUUAAUUGGUGAUUCUAUUACUCGGAAUCAUGUUCAGUCAUUACUCUGCAUUCUCUCCAAAGUUGAGCAAGCCAUUGAAGUGUACCACGAUUCUGAGUAUAAAUCGAAAAGGUGGUAUUUCCCCUCCCACAACUUCACUGUCUCGGUUAUUUGGUCGCCUUUUCUAGUAAAAGCGGCCAUUUUCGAGAACAACGACGGUAUCUCUACAUCUGAAAUCAAGCUGCAGCUUGACAAACUAGACCAAACAUGGACCAAACAAUUUCAACAAUGGGACUACAUGAUCUUCUCAAGCGGUAAAUGGUUCAUAAAAACCGCAAUCUACUAUGAAAACAAUACCGUUUCAGGCUGCCAUUAUUGUGCCAACAAGAAAAUAAAAUCCAUGGGCUACAAUUCCGCUUAUCGACAGGUCCUUAAGAGCGUAUUUAACUUCAUCUUGGAAUCAAAUUACAAAGGCAUGAUUUUUUACCGAACAACAACUCCAGAUCAUUUCGAGGACGGGCAGUGGUUUUCAGGUGGGAGCUGCCGAAGAACGGAGCCUGCUAAGGAAGGCGAGUAUAAGCUAAACGAGCUGAUUCAAAUCCUGCGUGAUGUCGAACUUGAAGAAUUUGCAGAGGCUGAAGCUCGAGCAUUGGAGAAGGGUAUAAAUCUUAAACUCCUUGAUCUAAUCGAGCUCACUUUGACGAGACCAGAUGGACACCCGGGGCCUUACAGGCAUUUCCAACCCUUUGCAAAGGAUGAAAACGCGAAGGUCGGUAGCGAUUGUCUACAUUGGUGCUUGCCUGGUCCGAUUGAUUCGUGGAACGAUGUGAUUAUGGAGAUGGUACUAAAUAGGUAGAAGAAUGUAAUCUCAGGCUGUUUGAUGUUGAUGGCAUCUGUGUAACAAAAGUAGUAUUAUCAUAUCAAUGGUUUGAGUUAUCUUGCAUUC